UAAUGUGCCAAAAGCUUUCCUUCCCAGCCCCAGCCAGAGGGAGUCGGCGCCGCCGGAGUCCAUUUCAUUUCACGUUACGAUCGCGUUUAGUGUGGACCUGUUCGUCUGGUGCUGUGUUUUUCCCUGUACGCUAGGCAAAGGUGUACGGCCAUUUGUGAGAAUAAUUGAAAGUUUUAAUACAACGUACAAAAGUGACAAACGAAUAAAUAACGACAUUCCAACCAAACAUGUCGCGUAUCAUGGAAAAGGAAAACAUCACCGAAAAUCUGGAAAAGAUUUCCAUCAAGAAUGCUCGUAAAGUGCUAACCGAAAGCGGGGCCAACGUAGCCCAGAAAAUGGACUACCAGACGGACAAGGAAGAGCAGGCUGUCGACGGUGCUUCUGUCGAUCCGAAGGAGCUGGCCAAAAACGAGAUGUCAGCGGCCCACAAACGUGAGCAGACCCCGUUUGAUCCUUCGAUGGAACCCCUGCUGAAGGAGAAUCCUCGUCGGUUCGUCAUUUUCCCCAUCCAGUAUCAUGACAUUUGGCAGAUGUACAAAAAGGCCGAGGCAUCCUUCUGGACGGUGGAAGAAGUAGAUCUCUCCAAAGAUCUGGCCGACUGGGAAAAGCUCAAGUCCGGAGAGAAGCAUUUCAUCUCCCAUGUGCUGGCCUUUUUCGCCGCUUCCGAUGGUAUUGUGAACGAGAACCUCGUCGAACGGUUCAGCCAGGAGGUUCAGGUCACCGAGGCGCGUUGCUUCUACGGGUUCCAAAUUGCGAUGGAAAACGUGCACAGUGAAAUGUAUUCGCUGCUUAUCGAUACUUACAUACGAGAUUCCAAAGAAAGAGAAUACUUGUUCAAUGCCAUCGAUAAUCUACCCUGUGUGAAGAAGAAAGCAGACUGGGCGCUGAACUGGAUCUCCAGUAAGCAGGCUAAUUUUGGAGAGCGCGUGGUCGCCUUUGCCGCCGUGGAAGGCAUCUUCUUCAGCGGUAGCUUUGCGUCCAUAUUUUGGCUCAAGAAGCGCGGCCUGAUGCCCGGCCUUACUUUCUCCAACGAGCUGAUCUCCCGUGACGAGGGCCUACACACGGACUUUGCUUGCCUUAUGUUCAAAUAUCUGGUUCAGAAACCGUCGCAGGAACGUGUGAUUGAAAUCAUCCGGGAAGCAGUGCUGAUUGAGCAGGAGUUCUUGACGAAAGCCCUUCCGGUUGAUUUGCUUGGCAUGAACUGCGAACUGAUGUCGCAGUACAUCGAAUUCGUGGCCGAUAGACUGCUGCUCGAGUUGGGCAUCGAUAAGAUCUACAACACGAAGAACCCGUUCAGUUUUAUGGAAUUCAUCUCGCUCGAAGGCAAAACCAACUUUUUCGAGAAGAAAGUAGGCGAAUAUCAAAAGUGGGGAGUUAUGGCUAACCGUCUUGACAACGUGUUCACACUGGACGCCGACUUCUAGACGCUAUAUUCCGCAGAAUCUAAACCAUAUCUUUGCGUUUUUGAAGAUAUGGAUAGUAUUAGCCAGCAAAAUCCAGACUUGUUUAAAGUUCGCUUUAAAUCAAUCGUGAAUAAGGACGCUACGCAGUGAUGAGCAAUAGACACCAUCGGAAAAGGACGUAAUGUUGCAGGCCAUCAUUGCGGCUAAGUAAUUGUAUAUUUUAUGUUCGACAGAUUUUCAUCAGUGUUUUUUACAAUUGCAUAUUUCCAAUAUAACAAGUUUAUUCAUACCAAUACAAAAUCAAUAGUAAAACUCACACAAUAAUGAGAAAAAGAUCUCGUCAUAUUUUUUGUAAAUAAUUUAAACUAAACGAUUAAGUUCUUAUAAUAAAAAAAACAAUAAAUCCAAUAUUUGGAUAUAAAAUA